AUGGGCGUUCAAGGCGACAGCAGCAGCAGCAGUGCUGCCUCUGCACAAGAGGAAAACGCUGUUGAUAACCGCACAUGGGGUCUCAAACACAAGGUUGAGGCCAUCAAGGAGCUUGAGCAAAGCUCGGGGAUCCCUGCCCGCGAGCUGGGUGUUACGUGGAAAGAUCUUACCGUCCAGGUCAUCAACUCGGACGCCGCCAUCCAGGAAAACGUCAUAUCUCAGUUCAACAUUCCCAAGAAGAUCCAAGAAGGAAGGCAGAAGCCCCCCCUCAAGACCAUCCUCGACAACAGCCAUGGAUGUGUCAAGCCCGGUGAGAUGUUGUUGGUCUUGGGCCGUCCCGGUUCCGGAUGCACCACCCUUCUCAACCUCUUGGCCAACAAGCGCGAAGGCUAUGUUGCCGUUAACGGUGAUGUCCACUUUGGUUCCAUGAACGCCAAGGAGGCUCACAAGUACCGCGGCCAGAUCGUCAUGAACAACGAGGAGGAAGUCUUCUUCCCCACCCUUACUGUCGGCCAGACCAUGGACUUUGCGACCCGCCUCAACAUUCCUUACAAGAUCCCCGAUGGCGUUGCCUCCCCGGAAGAGUACCGCAAGGAGAACAUGGACUUCCUUUUGGAGGCCAUGAGCAUCCCUCAUACCAAGGACACCAAGGUCGGUAACGAGUACGUCCGCGGUGUCUCUGGUGGUGAACGCAAGCGUGUUUCCAUCAUUGAGUGCAUGGCAUCUCGUGGUUCCGUCUUUUGCUGGGAUAACUCUACCCGUGGUUUGGAUGCUAGCACUGCUCUCGAGUGGGCCAAGUGCAUCCGCGCCAUGACCGAUGUCAUGGGUCUCUCCACCAUCGUCACCCUCUACCAGGCUAGUAACGGUAUCUACGAUCUCUUCGACAAGGUCCUCGUUCUCGAUUACGGCAAGGAGGUCUACUACGGUCCCAUGAAGGAGGCCCGCCCCUUUAUGGAGGCCCUCGGCUUCGAGUGCCAGGAGGGUGCCAACGUUGCCGACUACCUUACCGGUAUCACUGUUCCCACCGAGAGAGUGGUUCGCUCUGGUUUUGAAAAGACCUUCCCUCGCAACGCCGACCAACUCAGGGAAGCCUACCAAAAAUCCGACAUCUACCCUCGCAUGACCGCCGAGUACAACUAUCCCACCACCGAGGAGGCCAGGGAGAAGACCAAGUUGUUUGAGGAAGGUGUCGCUGUUGAGAAGGACAAGCAUCUCGCAAAGGACAGCCCUUACACCGUCAGCUUCUUCCAGCAGGUCAAGGCCUGUAUCGCUCGCCAGUAUCAGAUUGUCCUCGGCGACAAGCCAACCUUCCUCAUCAAGCAGGGCUCUACCUUGGCCCAGGCCCUCAUCGCCGGUUCCCUCUUCUACAACGCCCCUGAUAACUCUGCUGGUCUCUUCGUCAAGUCGGGUGCCCUCUUCUUCUCCCUUCUCCACAACAGUCUGAUGUCCAUGUCCGAAGUCACGGAUUCUUUCUCUGGUCGUCCCGUUCUGCUCAAGCAAAAGGGUAUGGGUUUCUUCCACCCUGCCGCCUUCUGCAUUGCCCAGGUUGCUGCCGAUAUCCCCGUCAUCAUCCUGCAGGUUACUGUCUGGUCUAUUGUCUUGUACUUCAUGGUUGCCCUGUCCAUGGACGCCGGUGCUUGGUUUACCUACUGGGUCAUUCUCAUCGCUGCUACCAUGUGCAUGACGGCCUUCUUCCGAGCCAUCGGUGCUGCAUUCAGGACCUUCGAUGCCGCCUCCAAGGUUUCCGGUUUCAUGAUUUCCGCUCUCAUCAUGUACAAUGGUUACAUGAUUCAGAAGCCCAAGAUGCACCCUUGGUUCGGCUGGAUCUACUGGAUCAACCCCAUGGCCUACUCAUUCGAUGCUCUCUUGUCCAACGAGUUCCACGACAGGAUCAUUCCCUGCGUCGGCGUCAAUCUGGUCCCCAACGGCCCUGGCUACGCUGAUCUCGACCAUCAGUCUUGCGCUGGUGUCGGUGGUGCCAUCCAGGGUGAAAACAUUGUCUAUGGUGACAAUUAUCUCAAAUCUCUUUCUUACAGCCACUCUCACGUCUGGAGGAACUUUGGUAUCAUCUGGGCUUGGUGGGUCCUCUUUGUCGGCAUCACCAUCUUUGCGACUAGCAAGUGGCGUCCUCUUUCCGAAGGCGGUCCUUCCCUGCUCAUCCCUCGUGAGAAGGCCAAGAUCGUCAAGGCCAUCCAGAACAACGAUGAGGAGAAGGCCGGUGCUACCAGCAGCGGCGAGGAGACUGUCUACGACAAGGAGGCCAGCGCUGGCGAGGCCAAGGACUCUGACAAGGAGUUGGUUCGCAACACGUCGGUCUUUACCUGGAAGAACCUCACCUACACCGUCAAGACUCCUUCUGGUGACCGCGUUCUCUUGGACAAUGUCCAUGGUUGGGUUAAGCCUGGCAUGCUGGGAGCCUUGAUGGGCUCUUCGGGUGCCGGAAAGACCACUCUUCUCGAUGUUUUGGCCCAGCGUAAGACUGACGGUACCAUCAAGGGUUCCAUUCUCGUCGACGGCCGUCCUCUUCCUGUCUCCUUCCAACGUUCCGCCGGUUACUGCGAGCAGCUUGAUGUUCACGAGCCCUUCUCCACUGUCCGUGAGGCCCUCGAGUUCUCUGCCCUUCUUCGUCAGCCUCGUGAGAUUCCCCGUGAGGAGAAGCUCAAGUACGUCGACACCAUCAUUGAUCUCUUGGAGCUUCACGAUCUCGCCGAUACCCUCAUUGGUCGCGUUGGUGCUGGUCUCUCUGUCGAACAGCGCAAGCGCGUCACCAUUGGUGUUGAGUUGGUUGCCAAGCCCAGCAUUCUCAUCUUCUUGGACGAGCCCACCUCUGGUCUCGAUGGUCAGUCUGCCUACAACACGGUCCGUUUCCUCCGCAAGCUCGCCGAUGUUGGCCAGGCCGUUCUCGUCACCAUCCACCAGCCUUCCCAGCAGCUCUUUGCCCAGUUCGACACUCUCUUGCUUCUGGCCAAGGGCGGCAAGACCGUUUACUUUGGCGAGAUUGGUGACAACGCCCAGACUGUCAAGGACUACUUUGCCAAGUACGGCGCCGCCUGCCCCGAGGAGACCAACCCGGCCGAGCACAUGAUCGACGUCGUCUCCGGCUCCCUCUCCAAGGGCAAGGACUGGAACCAAGUCUGGCUCGAGUCGCCCGAGCACCAGGCCAUGACGGAGGAACUCGACCGCAUCAUCGACGACGCCGCCUCCAAGCCGCCCGGCACGCUCGACGACGGACACGAAUUCGCCAUGCCGCUGUUGGAACAGCUCAAGAUCGUCUCUACCCGCAACAACAUCUCGCUCUUCCGCAACACCGACUACAUCAACAACAAGCUCGCUUUGCACAUUGGCUCGGCCCUCUUCAACGGCUUUUCCUUCUGGAUGAUCGGCGACAGCGUCUCGGACCUCCAGAUGCGCCUGUUCACCAUCUUCAACUUCAUCUUUGUCGCUCCCGGUGUCAUCGCCCAGCUGCAGCCUCUCUUCAUUGAGCGCCGCAACAUUUUCGAAGCCCGCGAGAAGAAAUCCAAAAUGUACAGCUGGAUCGCCUUCGUCACGGGCCUCGUCGUGUCCGAGAUCCCCUACCUGUGCGUCUGCGCCGUCCUCUACUUUGCCUGCUGGUACUACACCACGGGCGCCCCGCACGCCUCGUCCCGCGCCGGCGGCACCUUCUUCGUCAUGCUCAUGUACGAGUUCGUCUACACGGGCAUCGGCCAGUUCAUUGCCGCCUACGCGCCCAACGCCAUCUUCGCCACGCUCGCUAACCCCCUGGUCAUCGGUAUCCUCGUCUCCUUCUGCGGUGUCCUCGUGCCAUACCAGCAGAUUCAAGUCUUCUGGCGCUACUGGAUUUACUACCUCAACCCGUUCAACUACCUCAUGGGUUCCAUGCUGGUGUUUAACCUCUGGGACAAGAAGAUUGAGUGCCGUGACCAGGAGUUUGCCGUGUUCAACCCGCCCAAUGGCACGACGUGCGCCGAGUACUUGGAGGGGUACAUGAUGGGCAUGGGACGGGCGACGAACUUGAUUAACCCGAGCGCGACCGAGGGGUGCAGGGUUUGUCAGUAUACGUCGGGUAGCGAUUACUUGCAGACGAUCAACUUGAAGAGUUAUGGGUAUGGGUGGAGAGAUGCGGGGAUUGUGUGUGUGUUUGUGGCGAGCAGUUAUGCGAUGGUUUAUGCGUUGAUGAAGUUGAGGACGAAGACGAGUAAGAAGGCUGAGUAA